CUACUUCUCCUCUCCACCACCAGCUUCUUUAACAAGAAAUAACAACAAUUACAACCGCCAGCCACCGUUGAAAAACACUCAAAAUGCCGAGUACCGACGGACUACAGCCCCCGCUCCAGCCAGCCGAGCGUGAAAUCGUCAAGUCCUAUGGCGGCUGGUCAAGCUUCAUGCACGCCUAUGGCCUCAAGCCCCACGAUCUGGAUGACAUUGACACGGCGCACAACAUUGUGAAGCAAAUGGCCGCCAGGUAGUCGCGGAGGACGGCAUGAAAGGCUCGGAUACGCGCGCCAGUGUAGUGUACGUACAUCUCGCGAUACAAACUAAGUCUAUUCACACUUGUGAUUCAAGAUCCUAGCUCGUUCUAAAAUCAUUCGAGAAUUCAAUUGCCACCGCGAAAAAUGUCUGU